AUGGCUCGUGGACACCUGGAUGGCAUGUCUGAUCGUUCCGUUGAAAAUGGACUAAAAUGGAUGACUGGUAUUCUGUCGUCAGUAGCGAUUCUGUUAUUUAUUGCUUCCAUAUUUUUCGGAUGCUACAUGCGACGUAUCAUGCUUCACCCGGAAACCGGAAUCACUUUCCGGAAAUCGGAACACGCGGCAUGUCAACAUAGUUUCGUCGUCACCACUUCCCAAAAGAACGCGCAUACGGUCGCCACCGACAACGGCUCCAAAUCAUUUUUCUGGGAAACACGGUUCAGCGCCAGCACCAUCCAUCCUUCGCCAUACCCGCUCACCUUUCAGAGCCUACGAAAC